AUGAGGGUACUAUUGGUUACCCCGUUGAUCUUGGCAGGCCUCUACCUGUUGACCUCCUUGGGCGGCUCAGAAGCCGAAUGCUGCACCACAAUGGCCAAUCUGAAGUUCAUCAUCAACAAUGGAAACUGCGGACUGGUUAAUGCCAAAAAGAUUCCCCAGGGAUGCUCCGUCACCGUCUGUGGCGAUGGUACGGUCCUGGAGGGUCACUUUUGCGGUCGCGGUCCCUGCAACAUUUUUGGAUGCGACUGUGUAGGUGGCUGUCGGCAUGGAAACUUUGGCCAAACAUUUCUGGCCCGAAAUCAGGGACUUGGCAUUUGUUUGAUGAGCAGUGAAAUUGUGAAUCAAAGUCCAAGGACUUCAAUUUUUGGAUCAAUUGCAGAAGCGUUCAUAAGCCAAAUAAAAAGGUUGUAA